AUGUCCUCCAAACGACACUCGAUCCUCCCGCCGGUCUCGCAGUCCGGACCCAAACCGCCCGUGCACUUCUCCUCCUCCAUAACGAUUGCCGACUCGGCGCUUCUCACCGGAACCAACCUGAUCGUCAUCCAUGGCGAGAGCGUCAUACACCCGCGCGCCAAGCUCGAUUCCCUCGCGGGCCGUAUUACUGUCGGCCGGCGAUGCAUCGUACACGAGCGGGCUACAUUAGGAGCGGUGGGAACAUCAGGGAAGAUAACAGAGGCAGCGGUCACGCUGGGAGAGUAUGUGACCGUCGAGGUCGGGGCGUCAAUCGAGGCCGGGGAGACGGUUAUUGGGGAGGGAACGGUAGUGGGCGUCGGGGCAAGGGUCGGGGCUGGUGCCGUUGUUGGGAAGCACUGCACCCUUACACCGCAUACGGAGAUCGCGGCGGGCGAGGUAGUGCCCGACUUCACCGUCGUCUACUCCAACGGGAUGAGGAGAACAGACAAGCGUGGGGUGGCCGAGCUGAAGAAUAAGGGGCAGGCGAGGCAGAUUGAUGUCCUAAGGAGGAUGAUACCCAGUAAUCCGGCGAAGUUUGCUUAG